AGUGCUGAGUUUUCUCUGAAAAAGUCUCUCGCCCAUGCCUCUCGCCUAAAACUCCUUAUAUACUCGCUCCAAGGUUGGUUUACGCUUUUACUCUUCUGCCCUUAAGCCGUCAUAGCAUAAAAUGGAGAUAUUCCAUUUUUUCCGAUCUUCGUAAUUAUCCUCAAAAUUUCGUAUUUAUCCGCGGAAACUUGACAUUUAUCUUUCCUUGUGCGCCAAGCGUAAAUCAUAUCACGAUUUACGGGCUUUUAGUUAAGAAAUCGUAGGGUGGGCCUCAAGUCGUGUUUUAGGUUCCUUUGGGCCGUCUUCCGUCUCGAAGCGUUUACUACGACUUCUUUCGAUAAAGACCAAACUUUCCGCGGUUUCAAUCCGCAAAGUUUGAUCGAUGAUUUAGUAUAGCGGAAAACAUGAACCGAGUUUGCUAUGGUCUUCGGGAGUUAGUAUCGAAGGUUUGACGAGAAUGCAUGGACUGGUGUCGUAUCGACGUUUCGGAAGAGCUCGGUCGCUACGUAGCGACCAAGCUUUGGCUCGAGCCCAGUCACUAUGUAGCGACCGAGAGGGACGAGCGCUCGGUCGCUACGUAGCGACCGAGCUUUGGCUCGAGCUCGGCCGCUACGUAGCGACCGAGCGCGCAUCCCGCUCGGUCGCUAUGUAGCGACUGAGCUCUUCCGAAACGUCGAUACGACACGAGUCCAUGCAUUCUUGUCUACCCUUCGAUGCUAUCUCUCGAAGACGUAGCGAACCCAUUUCAUGUUUUCCGCCAUUCAAAGUCAUCAAUCAAACUUUACGGUAAAAACCACGGAAAGUUCGUUCUUUAUCGAAAGAAGUUGUAAUAAACGCUUCAAGUCAGGAGACGGCCCAAAGGGGGCCUAAGGCAUAACUCGAAGCCCACUUUACGAUUUCUUAACCAGCAGCCCGUAAGCCGCAUGACGGUUUACGCUUGGUCGGCAAGGAGAGAUAAAUGUCAAGUUUUCGCAGAUAAAUACGAAAUUUUGAAGAUAAUUACGAAGAUCGGAAAAAUGGAAUAUCUCCAUUUUUAGGCUAUGACGGCUCGAACUAGGAGCGAGUAUUUAAGGAGUCCUAGGCGAGAGGCAUGGAGAGAGACUUUUUCAGAGCAAACUUAGCACUUAGAGCGAUUUAGGCAUGUUUCCGUUUUUGUUAUUUCGAGCUGCGACUCAAUUAGGUUUAGCUGUCUCAGGUUGCUAGAACUAGAAAUAUCGCCGACAGCUCUCGAGCCCAGGCUUAUACCUUGUUUUAACGCUCAAACACAUAUUCAGAAUAAGAUCUAUCUUGUUCACUUUUUCGAUUUCUUAUUUUAUUACCGUUCUCGUUUCGUGUUCUGAUUGCUUGGCGUGUGGUAUUAGCAGAUAUCCGGGACCUCUAGGAAACUAGGGUUCUCCUACUUUCCUAAUUUAAACAGAAAUCGACAGUGCAAAUUUCGGUUCCCACAGUUUGGCGCUAGAAGGAGGGAGGGUACGGAUCAAUCUAAUUCGCCACCACAUCACGCACAACCAGCCAUGUCAACUGACGAUACGAACAACGUGCAAACUCCUCUUAACGGAGGCAGCGGCACUGAUCUCCACACUCCAGAAGAAGACGUAUCCGCAGCCAACGCACCAACCAACACCGCGGCGCUCGAGGAGUUUAAAAAGAUGUUCGCCACCUACGAGAUGAGCUCGUGAGCACCUUGACCAAACAGGUGGAAACCUUAACAGCAAGGACUCGAGCAAUCCGCCCCCGCGGAACCACUAAAGUCCGCGGGAAAAGACUAGACUUCGGAACUCCACUCGAUAGGCCUAGAACUACGCGGGAACGACCUUCGGGUCAAAACCCUAGCAGAAAAUCUCCCGUCGAAAAGGGGAACCCUGAGAGUCCUCCGCCUCCCGCAAAGGAUUCAGAGGAUAAUGAAGUCGAGCACGUCGACUUGUAUCCCAGCGACGUCUCCAACGAUACCGAGGAGGACGUCGACAAACAUCCAAGAAGGACCAGAAGUCGAUCCGCUCGGGAAAGCUCUCCGUUCGACAAACCAAUGACGGAGGAGGAGGAAAUCCUCUAUUGGAACGAGCAAGAAGAGCUGGCUGAAAAGCAAACCGAGCUCACUUGCAGUAAACGCCGACAGGCUCGGAAAUCUGCUGACGAGACGUCGGAUAUCCGUGAUCUUCGCGACUACAUCACCAAAACUGCGGCAGAAGUAAGAGCCUUGAAAUCCCAGAUUCAUCACGCUACUAGCGCUGCCCCCGAUAUCGACAGGCUGCUGGAAGGGGCUCCCUUCACCACUCGCAUCUCUGAUAUGAGGGUAUCUGACCCGGGGAAAAUCAAAGUGCCAAAGUAUGAUGGCACAACCGAUCUUAAGGCGCACCUUCAGGCUUUCCACAUCACGAUGGGAAGAGCAAGACUGAAGGACGGCGAAAAAGACGCCAGCUAUUGCCGCCUAUUCGUCGAGAAUCUGGAAGGAGCAGCCCUCGAAUGGUUCUCAUGUCUUAAGCAAAACUCUAUCGGGAAUUUCCGACAGCUCGCAUCGGAAUUUCUCAAACAAUACUCUAUGUUCAUAGAUAGAGAAACUUCCGAUGUCAAUCUCUGGAGCCUAUCCCAGAGGGAGGACUGUGACACCCCCGAUCAUAGAUAACCGGAAAUGACACGGUCGAUGUUCCCUAAUGGUCGACCGGAGGUUCUCGAAAUAAAUCCGAUCGCCUUAGACCAA